GAGAGACAUAAAGAGAAACUAAAUAUUCAUUUAUUCAAUUCAAUAUUUUGGAGAGAGAAAAUAUCCAUACAACUAUUGCAUUUAUUAUACUUUCUCUCUAUCUCUUUCACGAGGAUAACCUAUCCUUAGAAUAACUCUAUCAUUCUCCAUUGUAUAAUUGUAUCGCCACAUAACACGACAAUUGCACCAAAAAAGUCUCCAGCAUCGCCCAAACCCAAUAACUAAUUCCUUUAAGACCGCAAACUAUUCCACAUCAACGCCCAUGUUCUCCUUCCCCCCAAAUUCAAAAUUGCGAGGAGAAUAAUCAAAUUCAGUGGCUACAUGGAUGAAACCCAGAUGGAUUUCUCACAAUCUGAUCUCUCUCCUCCAUCCUCUGUAUUCUACUCUCUCAUCUUUCACCAGAAAUCUCACAACUUCACCAUAUCUGAACCUCACUCCAUAUGUUCUCAGCCAUAUUCAAAUAAGCCGCCUUCUCUCCAAAUGCGGAAGAGAAGGAAAUCUCAAUCUGGGUUCAUCUCUUCACUCUUCAAUCAUAAAACAUCACUAUUAUUACAACCCUAGAAAUUGCAAUGAUCCUCGAACCGUGGUCAUUGUAUGGAAUUCUCUGCUUUCUAUGUAUGCUAAAACCCAGGCAAUAGGUGAUGCACUUAAGGUGUUUGAUGAAAUGCCCAUGAAAGAUUCUGUCACAUGGAAUUCAGUGAUUUCAGGGUUUUUGAGUAAUGGGAAGUUUGAAAUUGGGUUUAAGUAUUUCAGAGAGGUGGUUAAAUUGGGUGCUGGUUUAAUUGAUCAAGCCACUUUCACUACUGUUUUGUCAUCUUGUGAUGGGUUGGGUUUUCUUAGGGUGAGUAAAAUGAUUCAUGGGUUGGUGAUUUUAAGUGGUUAUGAUGGUGAGAUUACUGUGGGGAAUGCUUUGAUAACGUCGUAUUUCAAAUGCGGGUGUUCUGGUUCUGGAGAGCAAGUUUUUAAUGAAAUGGGUGAGCGGAAUGUUGUUACUUGGACUGCUGUGGUAUCUGGGCUUGUGCAAAAUGGACUUUGUGAGGAUAGUUUGAAUGUGUUUAGCAAGAUGCGUGGCGGAUUGGUGGAACCGAAUUCUUUGACGUAUUCGAGUUUGCUGUCAGCCUGUGCUAGUUUACAGGUUCUAAAACAAGGGAAGCAAAUCCAUGGGUUAGUGUUGAAAGAGGGAUUUCAUUCCGAUUUCUGUAUUGAGAGUGCAUUGAUGGAUAUGUACUCUAAAUGUGGAAGCAUGGAAGAGGCCUUACAGAUUUUUUACUCUGCGGAUAAACUUGAUGAGGUUUCCAUGACCGUUGUGCUUGUGGGUUUUGCUCAAAACGGUCUUGAAGAAGAAGCCAUCCAAAUUUUUAUCAAAAUGGUGAAAUCAGGAAUUGACAUUGAUCCGAAUAUGGUUUCUGCUAUUCUUGGUGUGUUUGGUACAGAUACUUCUUUGGCUUUUGGCCAGCAGAUUCAUUCUUUGGUCAUUAAAAAGAGAUUUGGUCCUAAUCUUUUUGUUAGCAAUGGCCUCAUUAACAUGUAUUCCAAGUGUGGGAACUUGGAGGAGUCAAUAAAAGCUUUCAGAAGGAUGCCUCAGAGAAACUCAGUCUCUUGGAACUCUAUAAUAGCAGCCUUCGCUCGUCAUGGCGAUGGACUGAAAGCCAUUCAAUUGUAUGAAGAAAUGUUGUUGGAAGGGGUAGAGCCUACCGAUGUUACAUUCAUAUCAUUGCUCCAUGCUUGCAGCCAUGUGGGCCUAAUUGAUAAAGGCAUGGAGUUUUUAGAAUCAAUGAGCAAAUUUCGUCACAUUAAUCCAAGAAUGGAGCAUUAUGCUUGUGUCGUUGAUAUGUUAGGGAGAGCAGGGCUUCUUAGCGAAGCUAAGACUUUUGUAGACAAUUUGCCAGUGAAGCCUGGAAUUUUGGUAUGGCAAGCCUUGCUUGGUGCUUGUGCCAUCCGUGGGGAUUCUGAACUGGGUAAAUAUGCUGCUGAUCAGUUGCUUCUUUUAGAACCCGAAAACCCUGCUUCUUAUGUACAGUUGGCGAAUAUAUAUUCAUGUGAAGCGAGAUGGAGAGACAGAGCAAGAACUAUUAAGAGAAUGAAAGAGGUGGGCUUAUCCAAGGAAACUGGCAUAAGCUGGAUUGAGGUUGAUAGGAAGGUUCAUAGCUUCGUCGUGUGUGAUCAGAUGCAUCCACAAACCGAGACCAUUUAUGCUGCCAUCGCGGAGUUGUUUCUGCAUAUGGCAGAUGAAGGAUACAAACCAGAUAAGAGGUUUAUUUUGUAUUACAUGGGCCCGAAUGAAGAGGAGAUUCAACUUGAAGCCACUGAUUGCUUGCAAUCAACUUAGAGGAAGUUUUAGAAAUACUUGCAAAGCUCGUCAUUUUUGUGAUUCGAGUUGUUACCUAAUUUCAGUUCAAGAAUAUGUAUGGAAAUGCAAUUCACAUCCUAGUGUUAUUCAAGUAGCCUAAGAGGGUACCACUUGCAUAUCAACUUCAUCUUUAUUUGGAUUGCAGUUCACGGGGAUUUAGCAAAUUAGGUAAUACUGGAUUUUCUUGCUUAAACAUCAUCUUGAAGCAAGAAAAUGAAGAAAUGAUUAGGGAGUGCCUUAUGAAGUCAAUGUAUGAAGUAGACAUUGCAAACUUUGCUUAAAUUUACGAAUAUGUUUGUGGCGCACUUGGCAGAAAUAUUACUCACCUGACAUAAUUGGCAAAACGCAGUAUUCACAUUCUCUCCUUA